AUGACGAGAAUUGACCAGUCGCCAGAAGAAACAGCUAGUGGUGAAAUAGCAGAGAGUCAAGCAAUCAUUCAAGAUAAUAUUACCGCAAAUAGUACAGCAAGUUCGUCCAACAUGACUGACAAUCAACAACCCACAGGUAAUCAAGGUGUACGAGAGUUUUCUGAUGAUAACGGCAUAGCGUCAGUUGAGUUCAAGUUACCGCCAUUUUGGAAGCAAGAUCCAGCUCUGUGGUUUAUCCAAGUCGAUGCAAUAUUUCAUCGCAAAAGAAUUACCAGUGACAGCAGCAAAUAUUGGACAGUCAUUUCCCACAUUGAUCCGGAAUUGCUACAACAUGUCUCAGACAUUGUCAAAAAACCUCCCGAAGCUGACAUGUACAAUACUCUUAAAGAAAAUCUUAUCAGUCGUCUAAGCACAACUCAAGAACAACAAUUACAAAUUCUCCUUGAUGAUAUUGAACUAGGUGACAACAAACCCUUACAGUUGCUACGUAAAAUGCAAGACUUAGCUGACAACAAAGUAACAGAAGAUGUUCUACGUUCACUCUGGUUGAAACGCCUUCCAGCUAACGUUCGCUUCGUUCUAUCUGCCAACGUAGAAACUAGCUUGACUGCAGCAGCAACAUUAGCUGAUCGACUAGUCGAAAUUAACCCAAUACAAAGCGUCAUGGCCGUCAGCAAGGUGAAGGACGUCGCAACAGCUACUCCAAUUAAACUUUCUGAGGAACAACGAUUAGACAAGCUAGGAAAAGCUGUACAAGCUCUACAAGUAUCAAUAAAAGAAAUUAAUAACGGUAGAAAAAGUCGUGAUCAUACACCAAGAAGCAGAUCACGAGCAAGAUCUCGUUCCUUCCAUCGAUCACCUGCACAAAACAAUGGUAUAUGCUUUUAUCAUGAGCGAUUUGGUGUCAAAGCUAACAAAUGUGAAGAGGGUUGUACCUUUAUUCAAAAACAGGGAAACUAA